UGGGGGGCGGAGGGGGGGGGGGGGUGAGGGUGGGAUCGAAUUCCAUUAUUUUGGGGCAGGAAACAAUUCCGGAUAAUUCCAGGGAUGUGCCAGGCAGCGAAAUGGGAUGAAGGAAUGGAAUCCCGAUUUUUUCCCUCUUUUUUUUCUUUUUUUUUUUUUCUUUUUUUUUUUUCCCCCCUUCCCCUCUCUACUCCAGGAUCAACGAUUCCAGAGCCCGGAUAACCCGACAGGAUCGAAUUCCCUGGAAUUCCCACGCUGGGGCUGGGAAUUUUGGGGCAGGACAUCAUUCCAGACAAUUCCAGACAAUUCCAGGGGCGAGCCAGGUACCAAAAGGGGAUGGAAGGAAUGAAAUCCCAAUUUUUUUUCCUCCGCUCCAGGAACGAUCCCAGUGCCCGGAUAACCCAGCAGGAUCGAAUUCCCUGGAAUUCCCAUUCCGGAGCUGGGAAUUUUGGGGCAGGACACAAUUCCAGACAAUUCCAAGGGUGCAGAAAUGGGAUGGAAGGAAUGAAAUCCCAUUUAUUUUUUUCUUUUACUCUCUCCACUCCAGGAACAAUCCCAGCGUUGGCAUAACCCAGCGGGAUUGAAUUCCCUGGAAUUCCCAUUCCUGGUCUGGGAAUUUCGGGGCUGGACACAAUUCCAGGGACGAGCCGGGCACCAAACUGGGAUGGAAGGAAUGAAAUCCCAUUUAUUUAUUUUUCUUUUACUCCCUCCGCUCCAGGAACAAUCCCAGCGACUGGACAACCCGGGCGGGAUCGAAUUCCCACGCCGGGGCCGGGAAUUUCGGCGCAGAACACAAUUCCAGACGGGCGCCGAAACGGGAUGGAAGGAACGAAAUCCUUUUUUUUUUUUUUUUUUUUUCCUCUCUCUCCACUCCAGGAACAAUCCCAGCGGCAGCAGAAGCUUUGCCCGGAUAACCCGGCGGGUCCCCGGGAGCAUCCGGCACGGCAGGAAGGAGCCCGGCAGGAGGAAAUAUUAAAUCCAGGGAUAUAAACACCGCUCCGGGAGCAGCUCCACCCCAACACACCCCCCCUAAAAAGCGGGGUGAAGGCAGGGUGGGGCAACCAGAGCUCGGGCAAGGAUGGAGAAGAGCAGCUUCGCCAUGGCUAAAUUCGGUUUGGAGCACAAAGAGGCGAUCCCAAAGCGCGACUGCGGUUUUUAUGUCAAAUAUAUUUUCCUUUUCACCUCGCUGAUCCAAUUUUUGAUCAUCCUGGGGCUCGUGCUGUUCAUGGUGUACGGGAAUGUCCAGGCGGGCACCGACACUCACCUGAGGCUGCUGGAGGAGCAGGUCCAGAGCCACUACAGCAAGAUUGUGGCCUUGGGUGCCACCAACGCCAACCUGAGCCGCGUCCUCAACGCCACCCUCAAGGACAAGGACAAGGUGCAGGGGAUGGCGCUGAAGGUGCAGAAGGAGCUGGAGAAGUGUAACAGCAGCCAGAAUUCCAACAGCGUGCCCCAGCUGCAGGAGCUCGUGUACCACCAGGUGAAGCUGACCGAGUGCCACAUGCUCGCCACCAUCAUCAACACCACCUGCCACGGUGACAAGCUGGAGCUGCAGCGACAACUGGACCUGGCCAGGUCAUCCAAAAAAACUCUGGAAGAAAAUAACCAGCAGAGCCGGGGUGAGCUGGCCAAAGCCACCCAGGAGAGGGACAGAUGCCAGCAGGACCUGAAGAGCGCCAGGACCGAGGGUGACCUGAGCAGGGUGGAGCUGGAGGUGCAGAAACACAAAUGCAGCUCCCUCCAAAACGACGUGAACGAGAAAUUACCAAGGAUCUCGGAGCUGCUGAAGCAAUUCCAGUGCAAGGAAGCCGAGAACGAGCUGGGGCAGAUCCGGGGUCGCGUGGAGGGUUUGUUCCGACAGCAGCAGGAGAGGGAUUCCCAAUUUAUCUGGAAGGGCACCUGCGAGCUGAGCGUGCAGCAGUGUCGCCUCAACUGCUCCCGGGAAAUGCAGGAGCUGGAGAAGAAGAUCCAGGGGCUGGAGAAGAGGGAGAAAGAUGGAGUGGAGGAGAGGAAAAGGCUGGAGGUGGAGAGGGACAAGGCGGGGAAGGAGCUGGAGGAGAAGAGGAGAGCAGCGGAGGCGCAGGCGGAGGCGCUGAGGGAGAGGCUGGUGGGGUGCAUGGCCAAGAUGCCCCACCUGGAGCUGUCGGGCUCGCGGGUGCCGCUCAGCACCGGCCGCUCGGGCUCCUUCCCAGGCCCGGGCUCCUACAUGGAAUUCCUGAGGAACCCGGCCACGCUGGGCACCAUGGGAAGGAAGAACCUGGAGGACGUCCAGCGGAUGCUGCAGGUGAUGGAGCAGUACCUGAAGACCCCCAGCGGAUAA